GUGGGGGCGCCCCGUGGUCCAAGGUUCGGUUAGUCCGAGCCUGCGGCCCGCCAGCGUCUCACCUGUGGAGGAAUUUUUUCUGCCCUGGGGCUGCAAGUGAUAUCCCCGUUAGGGGUAUGAACGUGUGUCGGACUCCUGCGUACGAGACGUGUCAUACGGAGGCUUCUCACAAGGUAUUCAGAUCACUAUGGCAACUGCAAGAAACAUGAUGAGAGCUGUCAGAGUUUUUGAGUUUGGUGGACCUGAAGUGCUUAAGCUCCAGUCAGAUGUCUUGCUGCCUGUUCCAAAAGAAAACCAGGUUUUAAUCAAAGUCCAUGCAUGUGGAGUAAACCCUGUGGAGACAUACAUUCGUUCUGGUGCAUAUUCUAGAAAGCCAUCAUUGCCAUAUACGCCUGGCUCUGAUGUGGCUGGAGUAAUUGAAGCAGUUGGGGAACAUGUCACUUUAUUCAAGAAAGAUGACAGGGUUUUUACCAGAGGUACCAUCUCUGGUGGCUAUGCAGACUACGCAGUUGCUUCAACUGACACCGUCUUCCCUUUGUCAGAUAAACUGGACUUCAAGCAAGGUGCAGCCAUCGGGGUCCCAUAUUUCACUGCUUUCCAUGCUCUCUUUCAAAAAGGACGUGCCAAAGCUGGAGAAAGUGUGCUAGUCCAUGGAGCAAGUGGUGGAGUUGGAAUAGCAACAUGCCAGAUUGCCCGAGCUUAUGGCUUGAGAGUUUUGGGUACAGCUGGAACACCGGAAGGAAUGAACAUUGUUUUGAGAAAUGGAGCCCACAAAGUAUUCAAUCACAGAGAAGCUGAUUAUGUUGAUAAGAUUAAGGAAUUCAUUGGCAUGCAGGGAGUUGAUGUGAUAAUAGAAAUGCUAGCUAACGUCAAUCUUGCCACUGAUUUGCAUCUGCUGUCACAAGGAGGAAGGGUGAUGAUAGUGGGAAGUAGAGGUCCUAUUGAGAUCAAUCCAAGAGACACGAUGAGUAAAGAAUCCAGUGUUAUUGGGGUCGCCUUAUUUUCAGCAGCUAAGGAGGAGAUGCGUGAAUGUGCUGCAGCACUUCUUGCUGGCAUAGAAGCCAGCUGGCUGAGACCAGUCAUUGGCCCUGAGUAUCCAUUGGAGAAAGUGGCUAAGGCUCAUGAAAACCUCAUUCACAGCAGUGGUGCCUUGGGAAAGAUGGUGCUCCUAAUCUGAGAAGUUAUGUAAAAUAAAGUCUUUUCCCACUUAAA